AACACCAUCACCACAUCAACCACAUCACCCCCUCACCAUACAGACUCUCACAGGUCACAGUGAGACUCUGCUGUCAAGAUGGCGGCCUCAAAAGACUCGCUCUUCCGGAGCGUGGACAUGACGCUGACCCAGCUCUACGUGGCUAACGAGAUCGGCCGCGAAGUCGUCUCGGCGCUGGGAGAGCUGGGCUGCAUGCAGUUCCGUGAUCUCAACCCCGAUACGUCCGCCUUCCAACGCACCUUCACCCAGGAGAUUCGCCGUCUGGACAAUGUGGAGCGGCAACUCAACUAUUUCCGCUCGCAGAUGGAGAAGAAUGACAUCGGCAUGCGGCCGAUCUAUGAGUUCAGCAACACAAUGGCAGCUCCAACCGCCACCGAGAUUGACGAGUUGGCCGACCGCAGCCAGAGCCUCGAGCAGCGCAUUCAGAGCUUGAAUGACAGCUACGAGACUCUAAAGAAGCGCGAGACGGAGCUGACCGAGUGGCGAUGGGUACUGCGAGAAGCUGGAGGCUUCUUUGACCGCGCCAGAGGGCAGACAGAGGAGAUUCGGCAGUCCAUCGAAGAGACUGACGACGCACCGCUCUUGCGCGAUGUAGAGCAAGCCAAUGGGUCAACUGAGGCGCAAGGAGGACAGCAGAGCUUCAGCGUCAUGAACAUCGGCUUUGUCGCUGGUGUCAUUCCACGCGAGCGUAUGGCAGCCUUCGAGCGUAUCCUGUGGCGGACGCUACGUGGCAAUCUGUAUAUGAACCAGAGCGAGAUCCCUGAUGCCAUCAUCGACCCGGAGAAGAACGAGGAAGUGCACAAGAAUGUCUUCGUUAUUUUCGCGCACGGCAAGGAGAUCAUCGCCAAAAUCCGCAAGAUCAGUGAGAGUUUGGGCGCCGACAUUUACAACGUGGACGAGAACAGCGAGCUACGUCGUGAGCAGAUCCAUGAAGUCAACAGCCGCUUGCAAGACCUGUCCAACGUCCUUGGCAACACCAAGCGCACGCUCGACGCCGAGCUCACGCAGAUUGGCCGCAGUCUUGCCGCUUGGAUGAUCGUGAUCAAAAAAGAGAAGUCUGUCUACCAAACACUCAACCGCUUCUCCUACGACCCAGCCCGCAAAACCCUCGUGGCGGAAGCGUGGUGUCCAACCAACAGUCUCGGGCUUGUUAAGAGCACACUGCAGGACGUCAAUGACCGUGCCGGCCACAGCGUGCCAACCAUCGUCAACCAGAUCAAGACCUCUAAGACGCCACCUACUUUCAACCGCACUAACAAGUUCACGCUGGGCUUCCAGACCAUCAUUGACGCUUAUGGCACCGCGAAGUACACGGAAGUCAACCCCGGCUUACCGACUAUCGUCACCUUCCCUUUCCUCUUCGCUGUUAUGUUCGGCGACUUCGGUCACGGCGCCAUCAUGGCUCUCGCCGCCAUAGCUAUGAUCUACUGGGAGAAGCCGCUGCAGCGCGGCAAGCAGGAUGAACUGUUUGGCAUGGCGUUCUACGGCCGCUACAUCAUGCUCAUGAUGGGUAUCUUCUCCAUGUACACUGGACUCAUCUACUGUGACGCCUUCAGCAAGGAGCUCAGCCUCUUCCCAAGUAUGUGGACAUGGAACUUCCCUGACAACUAUGAGCCAGGCAUGCAGGUGACGGCUCAGAGGGUGGAGGGCUACACCUACCCGUUCGGCAUGGACUGGCGAUGGCACGAUACCGACAAUGAUCUGCUCUUCAGCAAUUCGUACAAAAUGAAGCUUUCCAUCAUCCUCGGAUGGGCGCACAUGACCUACUCUCUCUGCCUUUCCUUCGUCAAUGCGCGGCACUUCCGCUCCCCAAUCGACAUCUUCGGCAACUUCAUACCUGGCAUGAUCUUCUUCCAGUCCAUCUUCGGCUACCUCGUCUUCACCAUCAUCUACAAGUGGUCCGUCGAUUGGUACGCUAUUGGUCAGCAACCUCCGGGGCUCUUGAACAUGCUCAUCUACAUGUUCUUGCAACCCGGUAGAGUGGAUGAGCAGCUUUACCCUGGUCAAGGAACACUGCAGGUAGUAUUAGUACUGUUGGCGGUCGUGCAGGUGCCGAUCCUGCUAUUCCUCAAACCCUUCUACCUGCGGUGGGAGCAUAAUCGCGCCCGUGCUCAGGGUUACAGAGGGCUAGGCGAGACCAGCCAUGUGACUGCUGCUGGUGACGACGAUGAUGAGGAGGCGCAAGAAGGGCACCAACAGCCCAACGGACGCCCAUCCAUCGCCGAUAGCGAGAUGGACGGUGGCGCCAUGAUCACACAGGACAUUGGCCACGGCGAGGGGGAAGAGGAGUUCGAGUUCAGCGAAGUGAUGAUCCACCAGGUCAUCCACACGAUUGAAUUCUGUCUCAACUGCGUCUCCCACACGGCCUCCUACCUUCGCCUCUGGGCCCUCUCCCUCGCUCAUCAACAGCUUUCCAUCGUCCUCUGGUCCAUGACGUUGGCCAACGCUUUCGGCUUCACAGGCGCCCUUGGCGUUUUCGCAAUCGUCUGCUUCUUCUUUGUCUGGUUCGCGCUCACGAUUGCGGUGUUGGUAGUCAUGGAGGGCACCAGCGCGAUGUUGCACAGUUUGCGCUUGCAUUGGGUCGAAGCAAUGAGUAAGCAUUUCAUUGGCGAUGGCGUGCCUUUUGAGCCGUUCAGCUUCCAGGUCAUGCUGGAGGAGGAGAUGAAUGAGUUGAUGUGAGAGAUCUGUAUGGGUGAGUGGAAAGGACGCGAAGUAAAGGGUUGUAUAUCACAAAGCUAUAUAGAAUGCACUCGUUUCCAUGAAAGCCAUCAAUAACCAAUUGGAUGGGCGACAAAAAGGGAUUGUAAUGCUAGCAGUCAUGCGAGGGAGGGUCGCCAGCGAGCUUUCGACGCUGGCGCCAUCCCGGGUACUACUCGACUUCCACCU